AUGGAUUACAAUAAGAGAAACACCUUGAAAUACUCUUUUAAGAAUUUUAAGUUGGAUGACCUAAGGAAGCUAGGAGCUUUGGUUGAAGAUCAAGAGGGGUUCAAGGAUAAGUACGGAAGGCUAUUAUCCUUAUUGAGAAUCCAAGUGAAGGAUGGGCUUCUUUCUACAUUACUACAGUUCUAUGAUCCGGAUUACCAUUGUUUCACGUUCCCAGAUUAUCAGCUAUUACCUACCUUAGAAGAGUACUCUCAGUUGGUGGGGUUACCUAUUAUGGAUAAGUCUCCGUUCCCUUUCUUAGAGAAGGACCCUAAAGAGGAAGACAUUGCUAAAGCCAUAUGCUUAAAGGUGUCCGACAUCAAAGGCAACAUGAUCGCCAAAGGCGGAACUGUAGGGUUACCUACGCAUUUCUUAAUCAAGAAAGCCCAAUAUUAUGCCGAUCAUUUAAGCAUGCCUACCUUUGAAACAAUCCUUGCUUUGCUUAUUUAUGGAAUGCUACUCUUCCCAAGUUUUGAAGGAUUCGUUGACAUUAACGCCAUCAAAAUAUUCAUGAAGAACAAUCCAGUACCAACGUUAUUGGGUAACACUUAUCAUUCCAUACAUCUCCGGAAUUUUCAUGGUGGAGGAAUGAUCACCUGUUGUGUGCCUUUAUUAUACAAGUGGUUUAUUUCGCACUUGCCCAAGUCUUUUUUGAGUCUUGACAAGGGAUUUUGGUCACCAAGGGUCAUGGCGCUGACACACUCGGACAUCGUUUGGUAUAAUCGUGUGUAUGAUGGAAUACUAAUUAUUGACAGCUGUGAAGACUUUACCAACGUACCUUUACUUGGUUUUAAUGGAGGAAUCAACUACAAUCCAGUCCUAGCUCGCCGACAGUUAGGGUAUCCCUUGAAAGAACCGCCUAAAAGUGUUCAUGUGGAGAAAAUCUUCUUUAAGGGUGACAAGGAACUUCAAGAUUAG